AUGUCAGCCAGUAGGUUCGACGAUUUGGUCGACCGCAUCCGUCCCUACAUCCAGCAUGCCAGCACCCACUCAUCACCUGUUACUGUAGCAGAGAGGUUGGCCGUCACACUCCGUAUCCUGGCUAGCGGGGGCUCACAACAGAGUGUGGCUGCUAGCUAUCGACUAGGGUCGGCCACAGUCUCAAGCAUCGUGUCCAAAAUUUGCCAGGCCAUACACACGGCACUGAAAGAUGAGUUCAUCCCCUACCCAUCCAGAGCUGGGUUCCAGGAGAUAUCAAGGGAUUUCUGGCGGAUGUGGAACUUCCCCAACUGCAUCGGUUGCAUUGACGGGAAGCAUGUGCAGAUCAAAGCCCUUCCAUCCGUCGGCAGCGAAUAUUUCAAUUAUAAAGGAACACACUCUGUGGUGUUGAUGGCAGUUUGCGAUGCCCAGUACCGUAUUACCAUGCUGGACGUUGGAGCCUACGGGAGGCAGAGCGAUGGGGGGAUUUUUCAAGCCAGUCGGUUUGGGCACAGGCUUCUCCAGGGGACACUCGAUCUUCCUCCGCCAGCCGAUCUUCCUGGAAGUACCGUGCCCAUCCCACACACCUUUUUGGGAGAUGCUGCUUUCCCCCUACACGCAAAUCUGAUGCGUCCCUACGGUAAGAUUCCUGUUGUUACUGGCCUCACGUUGAAAGAACAAAGCACAGCACCUCGUGAGGCUCUUCUGAUCGGUACCAAUCUUGAUGAAGGAAAAAAGAUCUAUAACUACAGGCACUCAAGAGCCAGGAGGGUGAUCGAAAACACCUUUGGAAUCAUGUAUGCGCAAUGGAGGGUCCUAGGUCGGCCCAUCGAGUUCCAUCCAAAGAAGGUGGUUGAUGUGGUCAAUGCCUGA